AUGGCUACCAGCAAUGAUACUCUCAAUACUCCUAUUCCUUCUGAUCCUUCUCAGUCAGUCCUCGGGAAUGAACAAGGUCCAAAUCAAAAUCAAGGAGAUCAAGAACUACGUGAAGAAGGCCAACCUCAGAUUCAAGACCAAAAUCCUGAACAGGACGACAACGAGCAGGAUGACCCAAGCUUGCCUGGGAAUUUCCCGGCUGCGAACGCCGUCCUCGCUUCGUGUAACUCUGUCCUUGAGGACUUUAGAUCAUCGCGGAUUCCUAAAGCUACUGCGCUAUCCAGAAUCUACACUCACUUACUUGAUGGUAUUCCGGACAAUGACAAUUCCUUUGCUUCAACUGUUGAAGAAGCGUUUGCUCGCUACCUCACUAUUGUCGAGAAUCAUCAGCAUCACCUUCGGGAAGCUGAGCAUCGUGGUGGACGUCGACAGCGAUCGAAAACUCCACCGGACAAUCAUGUUGAAAGAGGGAACCCGGGCCCUGACAAUGAUCAAUCACCCCAUAAGCGUGCAAAACCAGACGAAGCUCAAUAUCCCUGGAUCAUAUCCGACUUUAUCCACCGUGUCACUUUAUCACCAUUGCUUACAAGCACGCUUGAGUUACUUAAGCUCUACGCAAUUGAUCCAAAAGGGACGAAGCGUUCUCUCGUCAAUUCUCCGACAUGUCCUGAAUUCCCAGACUCCGAAUGGACUAACAUUCUCGCAGGAAGAGCCAUCAAUCUUGAUGCUGUCCUCAGUGGUUAUUACUUAGUGUUUGAAAGUCCGGUUCGGUCCGGUUUUUUGAUGCCCAGGGGCGUUAACCGUAACCGUAACUGGUCUGCCUUUUCCCCAGAAGUCAAAAGACCAGACCGGACCGCAAAAAGACCGCAGACCGCGGUUUUUUGCGGUCUAUAG